GUUGAUUUUAACCGGUAAGUUAACGUUUAUCGUACCGCGAAUUAAAACCAUUGAAUCAAAAAGGGGAGUCCGGAUAACUCUUCCAUCGCCGAGUCGUCCGCUACGCUGGCGUUAGGUCAGUGAAGUCCAGAUGCAUGAGUCUGGGUCAGAUCAGACGAGCCACACCAGCCCAGCUAUACAGACAGAGAACGGGACUUUUACUGAGAAUGAGAGUCGUCUGAGCAGCAGCCAGACCCCUCCUCCAGAGGCGUCCUGGGUCAACCCUUCCCAGCAGCACCAGGUCCCAGUCUUGCUGCCCGUGAUGACCCCUCCGGCGGAGGUCCCUCAGCAGCUGCAGCCCACGUCACAGCAGCCCAUCCUCAACCCGCAGCAGCUCCAAGCCCUGCUGCAGCAGCAGAAAGCACUCAUGUUACACCAGCAACAAAUACAAGAAGUCUUCAAGAACCAGCAGGAGCUCAAUAUGCAACUGCUACAGCAGAAGAGCGCUGGGCUUGUCGGCCAGGAGUUGACAGCUCAGCAGAUGGCCAUCCAGCAGCAGCUACUUCAGGUCCAGCAGCAGCAUCUCCUCAACCUGCAGAGACAAGGCUUGCUAUCCGUCCUGCCCACCAGUCCCGCUGCUGUAGCCCAAGGUUGUGAGAAUGGCGUCAGCCUGACUUGUGGUGGAGAGACCAGAGAGUCUUCUAGUCAGCAAUACACCAUCAACGGCCAUCACACACUUCUGAAGAGAAAAGAAAGCGGCACUCUGGAUGAUUACACACAGAAUACUCAUCCUCUGUAUGGAAAUGGCAUGUGUAAGUGGCCUGGCUGUGAGACGGUCUUUGGGGACUUUCAGGCAUUUCUCAAACAUCUGAACAGCGAACACACACUCGAUGACAAGAGUACAGCACAGUGCCGUGUUCAAAUGCAGGUGGUCCAGCAGUUGGAAUUGCAGUUGAGGAAGGACAAAGAGCGACUUCAAGCUAUGAUGGCUCAUCUCAAAUCCUCUGAGCCCAAACCAACUGCACAGCCUGUGAAUCUGGCACCCAGUUUGUCCUUCUCCCAGGCAACAUUGCCGAAGGGACCACCUCCUAUGAGCCUCUCCCAGAGUGCCACAGCCCCGUCCACACCACUGACACCGCUCUCCGAAUCCCCCUCGGUCCACACUCCCAAUAGCAUGUACACUGGAAUCCCUGUACGGAGGCGAUACAGCAGGUCUAUGAGCCAAGAUAUCAUUGACAAUAAAGAUUUCUACCUGAGCACAGAGGUCAGACCUCCAUUUACAUAUGCUUCACUUAUAAGACAGGCGAUAUUUGAGUCACCUCGCAGGCAACUGACACUAAAUGAGAUCUACAACUGGUUCACAAGAACCUUUGCAUAUUUCAGGCGUAAUGCCGCUACUUGGAAGAAUGCUGUGAGACAUAAUCUCAGCCUCCAUAAGUGUUUUGUCCGUUUGGAAAACGUGAAAGGAGCCGUGUGGACGGUGGAUGAGAUUGAGUUCCACAGAAGAAGGCCCCAGAAGACCACAGGCAAUGGAUCUCCAAUGCUGAAAAACUCCCAGAACCGUUAUAGUCAGAGCUCAGCCGGAUCUGCCCCCCAGAUCGGCAAUCCAGACUACAGCAUCCCUUUCUAUAACAACCCAUCCUCCAUGGGCAGCAUCCCCAUGCACUCCCUGCCCCACAUUCUUCAGGAGCAGGUGAAUGGGGCCUUUGCCUGCGGCACUGGAUACCAAAGUGACAGCAGUGCAACACAGUCUCCACCACAAGGCUUCAUUAAAGAAGAGCAAGAAGAUGAGGAGAUUUGUGAGAAUUUUCACUAUGAAUCUCCCGAGAGCACGGACGAACAGAGUCACAGCCCAGAGAUGAACCAAGAGGAGUAUAAUGGCAGCCCGGAGAGACCAAACCUUCAUCUUGAUCGUGUGCCUUCUCUCUGACGAUGAAGUCUGACUUCUCUACUACAAGUCACCACCCACCACCGCCACGUUCACAGCCUUGGUGACUCUUAACAAAAAGACUCAACGCAUCGCCCUUCACACUCAUAGCCAAACACACAUUUCUUCUUGGGGGAUUACUUUUUUUUUUUUUUUUUUUUGCAUUGGUCAGCAUUUCAUAGAAUAUUUUGAAUUUUUCAGCUGGCUCACAGUUCUUAUCUGUAUAGCAGAGUCGGACCACAAGAAGGCUUUUGUGAAAGUGUCUGUUCUCCAUUCAAAAAAAAAAAUAAUUGUCACAUUUUUCCUUGAUCGUCUUUUAUACCUGUACACAGGAAGGACCAUGAUGAGCAGAGAAACCAAAGGAAAGGGAAUAUUUAUGUUUAGCACUUCACAAUGAGAGUUUUGCCUCCUCAUGGUUGCUUGUACACUAUGUUUGGGCCACAUCGUCUAUUUUCAUUCUGGUUUUGUUUUGUUUUUGUUUUUUUUUUCCCUUUCAUUUCCACAUGCUACUAAAAUCUGUUUGUAGAGGAAGUAAUAAUGUUGCUUUAAAAGACUUUAAAUGUACACUGCCAAUGUGAUCUGGGUUAUUUCUACCUAACAUAUAAUCAAUUGAUAAAAAGAAAAGAAUAAGUAACCUAUAUUUGUUUGUCUUUUUUCACCCCAACCAUAGACAUUGCUGAAUUUGCUCGAAUUGAGCUUGUAAAAGUAGAUAUCACAGCGUUAUUAUGAUUGUAAACCAAUACAUCACAAUCAAUAAUAAAUUCCUGAU